AUGAAGGCUUUCAGUCAAUCGCUUUUGGCUCUCUCGCUUGCAUCAGUGGCUGUUGCGGCAGCAUCUUGCAACACCUCGGCCCUGAACACGACCACUUAUAACUAUUAUAUCACGGUGGAUGGCACAACAGUCUUUGAUGUUGCACGUGCCACCAAUCGCGGUGUUUGUGACAUUGGCCGCCAAAAUCUCAUGGCGGAUGUAACUAUUGUUCCCAAUGUGGGCGAGUACUUCAUCAUCCCUCCCGAGGUGUGCGAGCCAGACAAUACAUCCUGUCUCUUGCCAAACAUCAAUGCUACACGCACCUGUAUCUAUGGCGGACCUCGUCUCUACUACACUGUUCGAGGAGACACCUACGAAGUGAUUGCCCGCCGACUGAACAUCACGGUGGAAUCACUGAUGCACGUGGAUGGGCCUUCAAAUGAGACUUUAACAAAUCCUAUUUCCCCGACGGCGGAGUUGGAUGUUGGUCAGUUUAUCAAGGUGCCUCAAUGCGAUCCCAGCCAGUGUGUCAUCCAGCCUUACGUCUUCAAAUGGGGUGUGUACAAGGACCUUGCAGAGAAGUACGGCACUACAGUGGGCCAAAUCAUGAUGAUGAGCCCGACGUACAACUACAGCAGUCUGGCUUUCUCGCCUGAGGGCAUGUACCCUCCGAUCAACCUCCCGAUUAACUGCACGGCAUUGUCGAACAACAUGACUACCCUUGAUUAG